GCAGGCGCUCUAUUGGCUGCGCCCUCGGCCAAGUGGGCGGUGGCAUCAUGGCGGAUCGCCUAACGCAGCUGCAGGAUGCGGUGAACUCGCUGGCAGAUCAGUUCUGUAACGCCAUUGGAGUGUUGCAACAGUGUGGCCCCCCAGCCUCUUUCAGCAACAUUCAGACAGCAAUAAACAAAGAUCAGCCUGCAAAUCCAACGGAAGAGUAUGCCCAGCUGUUUGCAGCGCUGAUUGCACGAACGGCGAAGGAUAUCGAUGUUCUGAUCGAUUCCCUGCCCAGCGAGGAAUCCACAGCGGCUUUGCAGGCUGCUAGUCUGUAUCGACUGGAAGAAGAAAAUCACGAAGCGGCUGCCCGCCUGGAGGAGGUAGUCUACCGCGGGGAUAUGCUGCUGGAGAAGAUCCAGAGUGCCCUGGCAGACAUCGCCCAGUCCCAGCUGAAGACACGAAGCGGCUCUCACAGCCAGCCCCUGCCAGAUUCAUAGCACCAGGUGACAGAGCAGCCCCACGAAGCCCAGCUGCCACUUCCUAUGGGGACACACAGCUCUGCGUCCAGCCUGGCUCCUCUGGGGCUCUCAAGUGCUGUGGUUGCUGUUAACAACAUCUUCUGUCAAACCUCACACUGCAGCUUUUGUGUGAGGAGCACUUCUGUUGUAGAAUUGGUGGUACUGGUCUAGAGCUACAUGUAUUUAUGUAUGCUUCCUUGACUUAAAAUACUCAUUUCUGAGCUUUCUGUUCAUAAAUAUGUCUGAGUUCAGUCUGGUUUGUUGCCUUGAUUACACAAACUGUAGUCCCUAAAAGGAAUUCAGAAGGAAAACACUAAUCACAGAACAGUAGGGUUUGGAAGGGACUCCUGAAGAUCAUCUAAUUGAACCCCUCUGCUAGAGCAGGGUCACUGGAGUAAAUCACACAAACACAUCCAGGUGGCUUUGGAAUGCCUCCA